AUGGCAGCCGACACAACAGCUGACGAAGAACCAUCCUAUAUUGACUACGAAACCUUCCUCGACCCUGAUUUCUCCCCCGCGUCUUUCGCGAAUACACUCGUCGUCUCAACCAACAAUCCCAACGAUACACCCCUCGAUCUCUCCACCCCCCUAUCCCGUGUUCUAUUCGAUGCUCAAGAGAUUGACUCACAUAUCGAUGUUCUGACAACUCGCUCCGCCGUUCCGCUUCUCGAUUAUACCCAACAACAGACCCAAGCGUCAAAAAAUAUCGUGGGGGAGCUAGAUGGUCAGAUUCAGAGCUUAAAUGACAGCUAUCGCCAGCUCGAGAAGGAGGUGAUUGACAAGCAUGCUGAGGCGGACGAGGUCCGGCUUGUAGCUCUACGGUUAUGGGAGACUCUGAAGCUCGGCCGCUCGGCCGGACGUUGCUUGCAGCUCGGUCGACAGCUUGAAGUCCAGCACCUGGAGCUCGGUAGCGGCUCUGGGAAGGAGGAUCACCGGGCCCUUGUUCGAUGCGCGUAUACAAUCUUGUCGCUGAAAGAGAUCCUUGACCGCAGAGGCCCAGGCGAAGAAGGCUUCGGGCUGAACCGUGUGGACGCUGUCAAGAGUCUACAGGAUACAGUGAUAACCCCCAUUGACCGAUCGGUACGCGAGCGGGCAGAGCGCAUCAUUCGCGAGUUUUCGAUUCAGCAGACCUCGACUUUCUCUCAGGUCGAAGAGAUCAAGGCCCGUACCGCAUCUGCUAUAACCACGCUUUAUCUACUGUCACCAACUCUCGGUUUGAAAGCUGAUAAAUGGGUUCCGCGGCUACUACUCCAAUCUCUAGAGACAUAUAUUCGAGCGGCCCUGCAGGCGAGCAUUACAGCCUUGUCCCGAUCUUUGGGCCAGUUGCCGACGCUGGACAAGGCGUUGUCUGACGUUAUGUCCAAGUGUCAAAAUGUAGUCUCACUUGAGGCUGUCCUCGAGAUAACAAAACCGCCAGCCCAUCCCCUCCUUUCCGCCUCAAACCAGCCGAGCCAAUCAAGCUUGCUUCAUUUUGUUCUCGCUUAUCUCGAGACGGCAAGUCUUGCCUCGUUCUUUUGGAGGACCAUGGCAAGUAGCCUUGCAACACGUGUGCAAGAUAUCAUGAACCGUGGAGGCGUCGUGGCUAGAACCCUACGAACGAACAAGAAUACGGUUGGAGAUGCAAUCCGCCAGGCUGUUGUCAAGGGAUCCCAGUUACACGGCGCAUUGACAGGAUCUAAGGGAAGGACAAAGGCAGAGGCGAACUGGGAUAGGGAGGUGGCUGUUAUGGUGGGAAGCGUCGUGAAUAAUCUUCGAUAG